AUGUCGCCGCCGGCCGCCAACGGGCGACGCCGGACCCUGCACGAUCCUAAGGCGGAGAUGGCGCUGGAGGAGGGUCGCGUGGAGCGGGCCCGCCUCCCUCCCGGCCAUAGUGGUCUGCAAACGGUGCGGGCCGGCGGAGGGGCGGCCGAGGCCGACAUGCAGAGCGAGACGACGGACCCUCUCAAACAGGAGGAGGCCGUCGAUUCGACGCAGCCGGAGAGCGUCCCGGCCCGGAACGGCACGGCGGCGGCGUCGGAGCGCGCGCCUCUGCAGCGGCAGAGCCGGAGCCUGGAGCUGCCGACGACGCGCAGCGACCACGGACCGCACACGCUGCCCAGACAGAAGAGUGCGCGACUGAAGGUGCUGAUGCGCAGCCACGCCAUGCGGGAGGAGACAUCGCCACCGCCAGACGUGGAGCUGCCUCCCCGCUACAGCCUCAGCGUCAGCCACAAGCUGCGCAAGUUCCACAGCCAGGGCAGCACCGAGGGCCGCCCCGGCAGCCCCCACCUGUCCAGAGAGUCCUCCAGCGAGGUGUACACGGACAGCAAGGGCGUGGAUGUGGAGCAGUUCCUGGUCGAGGCGCUCAACGCCAACAUCAAGGACCAGGCGCACCUGCUCAAGUACGAACAGGACAUGCUCAACUUCAUCAAAGACAACAUGCGCGCUGAGUUCCGGUUCCCGCCGCAGUCGUCCUACCAGCGCAUGCUGGUGCACCGGGCCGCCGUCUACUUCGGCCUCGACCACAACGUCGACCCCACAGGCACCUCCGUCAUCGUCACCAAGACGGAUCGCACGCGCAUCCCCGAGCACAGCUUCCGUGACCUGCUGCGUGAGGACGGCGACGAGCCGAAGCGGCUGCUGAAGCGGGACGGACUGCUGGGACACUACUCCAGGAGUUUCGACAGCCAGAGCUCGCUGGACUCUCGGCGCAGUCGGAGCUUCGAGGAGCGCGAGGUGGAGUACAGGAAGGCGCGCACGAGGAUCUUCAGCAACCAGCAGGAGCUGGACGGCGACGGCUGGCAGUCGGGCGGCGAGCGGCGCGCCGCCGCCUGGCUCGAGCCGGCCGACCCGGCGCGCCGCCAGAUGCCCAAGGCGCACUCGGUCGACCAGCCGCCGCGCUACGCCCGGCUCAAUCAGACCGACAGCGUGGAGAGCACCAACAAUCUGCGCGUGGCGGCGGCGGCCGACUCGUCGGCGAGCAGCGUGUCGCGACUGAGCCCCUCCAGCGGCUACAAGACGGCCUCGGUCAGCCAGGUGACGCUGGACUCCACGCCCUCGCCCACCUCACAGCACCAGACCGGCUACAGUCUGGAGGAGGUGGUCCGUACCUGA